GUGCGGUCUUGAGCUCUGACUCCUGAGAAGCUGCCGCGAUCAUCUCGAGGACAGUAGGGGAAAGUCGAUGCGCAGGGAUCUUUUUUUUUUCUUUUCAGUUAUCUUUCCAUUUCUCUCAAACUUCCACCUAACGGCAUGACGGGAUGCGCGCAUUUGGGAUAAUUUCAAUGAUGGCUCGCUUCAAAUAUCCAUUUUCACGGAGCUGCAGCUGAGGUUUCAUUCAAAGUCCGACUGGAUUCUCGCAGCGUGAUGGAUACAAAUGAGUUCGCAGUGCUGAAACUUUUUGUUGUUGGGGUUUUGGUCAAUGCCUGGAUGAUGAGAGGGGCAUCAGCUGCGGACAGCUUCCAUACAGAGCCCACUACGCCCCCGCCGAAGAAGGUCUGCAAUGAGUCCCGUCUGCAGGUGGAGAUGGAGGUCUGUGGAGAGGACUUCAAGAAGGACAUGGCUAACAUAGAUCCGCAGAACUGGUGUAACCUCACACACUUCAUCAGUGAGUACCAUUUCUUCACCUUCUGCACAGAGACCAAGUCCCACAUCAUGGGCUGCUACUGGCCGAAUCCUCAAGUGGAGAGCUAUAUCAUCCGCAUACACAAGCAUUUUUUCUCCAAUUGCACGAUCGAACAGGUGGUAUGGGUUGACCCACCGGACAACACGCUAACCAUCCUCAUCCUUGUCCCCAUAUUCCUCACCUUGGCCAUGAUUGCUCUGGUCGUCUGGUGCAGCAAGAGGAGUGAUAUCCUGGCCUAAGACACCAAGGUGGACAAGAAUGGAGAAAAAGAACUGAGUUCAUGGUCCAAAUCUCUUCACUAACUCAGUGCUGAACUCUGAACGAGUGCACGGACUAAAGCCUCUGUUGGUCAAAUUAAAACUACCUACACUUCUUCUCGAAAUGAAGAAAGGACGACCUGCUUAUAUGACCUGCUGUCAUUCAACAUGGUGAACAGUUCAACAGGUUUUUACGUCUUAUUUUCCAGUAGAAAGUUCGGGAGAUAUGUCCUGUUGCUUUCUUGCAGAGAGUUAGAUGAGAAGAUGAUUCCUCUGCCAUAGGAAUGGACUAUAUGGUAAAUAUGAAGCUAGCAGCUGGUUAAGACUGGAAAUAGGAGAAAACAGCUACCAUGGUUUUGUUUAAAGAAAUAAAUGAUGUUAAUGUGAUUUAAAGUAGCUUUGUUACCUUUGGUUAGAUGCUUCCUGUUUGCCAGUGUUGUGAUCCCAUGCUAAGCUAAUCAGCUGCUAGCUGUAUCAUCUCAUCUAACUCUUGACAAAUAAGUGAUUCAGCAUAUUUCUUUGAUCUUUGGGUUUGGGGUUUGGAUCUUGAGUCGUCAUUUCUUAUUGGGUAAUUUGACCAGAUGGACAUUUGACCAAUUCUUGGAUGAAUUCCUUAAAGCUCAUGGAUCCAGACUUUUUGUCCUCGAAGAUUCUUGUCAGAGCACUGUAUCGCUGCUGAAGGCCAAAGUAAUGGAAUGGAUCAAAAUCAUUGGCUGACCUCCAUAACCCUAUGGGAAAUAUGUCUCCCGGAGGACACUGUUGUUAAAUAUUUGAACAUGACACUGUAUGAUGGCCUGAAAGGAUAAUACAAUAAGCCAAAUAUGGACACAGUAUUGUUUCAGUGAAGUGUAGUCUUACUGUUGAGUUACUGAAUGGACUUUAACCACUGUAUAGGAUGCACUGCCCAAAGACAAAACAACGCUCCAUGUAGAUCAGGACUUGAAUUUCUUGUGUGACUACCUGAGCCCCAACAGACUGUUUUAUAACAGUGUAACUUAUCAGAUGUUGUUGAAUAAAAUACUGUUCAUGCUCACAAAGAGGGGUUCUCAGUGGAAACAAACAAAAAAAGAAAAUAACUCACAUUGAGACCUCAUAUUGUACAGUUGUGCUUUCUGUCUGUGCUAUCUACUGUAUCUGCAUUGCGUCUCCACUGUUAGAGAAGCACGCACUGGUGCUUUGAGAUGAAUUUCUUUGGAGAAAGGUUUGAUUCAAUGUGUGCACUCCAUCAGGUCUUUGAACACCCCCAACCAGCCAUGAAGCAAACUUAACCAACCACCGCUUGUCUUAUUUUCAUCUAAAGCCACGUCAGUCAGUUUGUGUGCUCUCACCCGCAGUCAGUGUUUCUCACUAAAACUGUCAUUGAUGGAAACUGAAACUUCUCAUCAAAUGUUUCUUGAUUAAAUCCGAAAUGUGUCUAAGAAUGCUUGGUUGGUCUUAUUAUGUGAACUGAAUGUACACUUCAGUCUGACACUUCAGCUUGACAUAUUAUGUAUAUUUAUUGAUUAUGGCUCUUGGUUAUUUUAUGGUUGCAUGACACCACUGGAA